AUGACUCCUUGGGGCACGAUCCUGGCGGCCUUGGCCCUCUUAGGCCUUACGACGUUCCUCCUACCAGUAGCCCAGGCUUCCACCAAGUCCGAAGUGUACGCCCUGUACAGCAUGCUAUUCGACGCCAACUUUUACAACAAAGAUGUGAGGCCUGUGGACAAUUCUUCCAAGUCGCUUGAGAUCUUCGUGACCUACAGUCUGCUGUCUCUUGUCUCAGUUGAUGAGAAGUCCCAAACAAUGACCACAAAUACUAUUUUGGAACUGGAGUGGAACGACGAGUAUCUGUCAUGGGACCCUGUGAAUUACGGAGGCAUCCAAAGCAUCCUGGCACCUCAGAAGAAAAUGUGGAUUCCAGACAUAACAGUUGGGAACAGCGUUAAAGCCGUUGAAGAGUUGGGGUACAGCAAUUUCCCUGUCCGACUUUGGUAUGAAGGCUACAUCAUCUGGUCACCUACGGUCCUUCUGACCACCUCCUGUGACAUCGUGGUUACCUACUAUCCUUUUGACACUCAGAUUUGCUCGAUACAAUUUGAAACAGUGAUAUCUGACAGCGAAGAACUAGACAUUUUCAUAGACACCACGGAUCCCGUUAAGACAGCGCGGUACAGUCAAGACGGGUCGUGGAUUCUGGUGGCCAGUUCUGCCGAGAACCUGAGCGACCAAUCUGGCAAGCCUGCCAUUAAGUUCUCGUUCCUCCUGAAGAGACGCACAACUUUCUUCAUCGUCAACAUUAUCCUGCCUACGUCAGUGCUAGCCCUCUACCUCACCGUCCUCCUGGGCUUCUCAGCUCUCAGCGUGGUCGUCACGGCAACCAUCUUACGCUUACAUCACAAGCCUUCAACAGACAAGGUUGGGAGGCGGAUGAGCCAACUCACGAUGUUCCUGAUGAGAUUAACGCUGAUGAAGCAGGAUGAUACCCAAGUACACGUACAUCCCUACCACAAGAACUCCGUGGCUCCAUCGCCAGGCACAGACCGAAUCAGCUCCCCUCCCAAGUAUGCUGAACCUCUCACAUGGCAAAGAGUAGCUGAGGUAUUGGACUGGACUUGCUUACUGCUAUUCACCUGCCUCGUCCUCCUUACCACAGUCACCUUUAUGGCUAUCUUGUCUAUUGGUGGAGCCAUUAACAAGCCAUCUCUGUGA